UGACGGAAGAUAAGUCUGCAGUGGUAGUAAGCAGAGGCUACAGUGGUGAUGGGCGGAGAGCGGAUUUAAGGCUCGUAUUUCAAAACAGCCCACACCCUGAAUCAUUUUGUCGGAUUGAAAUUUAUAUCACUACAGAGACUUAGAUGACUUCUGUUUGCAGAUUGAGAGUGGAAGAGGAAAAGUUGACCUGAUAACGUGACCCUUGUUAAGUGUCCUUCGUACUCUGAGCGAGGAGCAGCGGUCUUGGUCUUGUAACGCCUGAUUUCCAGCAUUACUUUAAGUCAUACAGUGAGGCGCGCAAGGCGACCUUCUGCUGCUGUACCGGAUCACCCCUAGCCGAGAGGUGAGCAACCGGUCCGAAACAGACAGCAGCUGACUUGGGCUCGUGGACGUCCUUUAUGUGCCUCCGACGCCGCUGCAGAUGUCUCGAGUUGAUAUGACGCAACAGAAAUGGCACUGGGGAACGUUGCAAGAUUUGGAAUAGGUAACAGUGCCACUUGAAAGGCUGCGACACGGCGAGGGAGGAGCCACCGCGCCGCCCUGGGCCUUGGUCUCGUCAGUUGGUGAAUAAGACAAGACAGACAGAGUUCCCGGCGCUGCAGCAACUCCCCUUAGAGCAUGGACGACACUCACAAUGAGGCACCUCGGCUGACAGAGACGCCGGCAGUUUGACGUAACCUAUCUGUGAAUGGGGAUCUGUAGGAGAGAAAAUGUGGCGCAGAGAUGAGCAAGCGUGGCGGGGACGCGAGGAAAAAGUGAGACCUGCUGUUGGACUUACGAGUGUUUUGUGACAACCAGUCAUGUGUAUGUAAUGAAGUAACUAAGGCGUCGGCAACUACCACCCCCCUUUUAAACAAGAGGGAGCAGCGCAACUACUCGACAACCUCGUUCACCCAGACUGGCCCUGUCGAGCCAGCCGCGUCUUCGGCUGCUGGGACUUCGUUCGUUUCUCGCCGUCAAGUUUCGUUUCGCCAGGAUUGAAUACCUACCUCUUCCUCCCCUUCCUCGGCAUUUUGAAGGGAAAACGCUAAACAGAAAUAAGUACAAUGUAUUAGUUCAGGUGAGUUGGUGAGUGAAGUAAAGCAGGCACCAGUGGGAAGUCAGGCGAUCAGCUGCUCUCCGCCUUACCAGUCUCGGCCGACACCUCGCACAUCCUCGCUUCCCACUUCCCCCACAGUGAUUACAUACCCAUUCAACUAGCAACUACCAAUUAACAAUUUAAAAAUCAGGCGCAGUAGUCUGUUCGUUACAAUAUAUUGGAUAUUUCCCAAGUAACAAAAAAAAAAAUCAAAUACAGGCGGGCGGAAUCGGAGUGCUCUUGGUUCACUCAAUAGAUGCUGCUCUAAAAAGUAAUCCAUCGGUAUCUGGCAUCUCAUGGGCUGCAAUUAAUUUUUAUGCCAGAUUUCGGUUCUGGCCCCAGCUCAGCUGGGGGCUUCAUUCGCUACGAUGGCCCCACAGAGUGUGGUAGCACUGCGCCAUGUGAGAGAGGACGAGCUGGACGCACUGAAAGCGAGGCUGGCCCGUCACCUGCCUCACUCUGUCGUUGUGUAUGGCGGCUUGAGUUUGGCGGCACGCUACGGCCUACAUUCUUUCCGACCUGCCUCUAUCCUGGUGCCCGUCGGCCCGCGCCCUUCCUGCCUCACCAUCAUCGCUCCCAUAGGAUCCGGCGACACGCAGUGCAUCGAGGUGUUCUGGAGCCCUGAGGAGCACACUGUCAAGGAUGUAGCUCAGUACCUUUCUCUCAUCCCUGACCUGGACUGGAGUCAGCCCCAGGCCUUGAUAGGCUUUCCUAGAAUCCUGUUGCCGGCACUCCAGUCGCUGGACAGCAUCGGCGGCCGGCGGGUGCAGGUUCAUUUGAAGCAUGAGGGACAUGUAUACAACCUCGAGGCGCCUGCUAUAAUAGGCACUAAGCUGCCUCCAGCAUACCACAUGUCCAGCCUGAACGAGGACGAGGCGUCGGUGGUUUGGACAAACUGGGAAUUCAACUUUCUUGACUCUGAGGACAAUAUCAGGCAUGAUAUCGCCCACUUCCCGUCCAUCGGUAUCCGUGAGCGCAGCCUCACCGAAAGUGCAGGGUCACUACAGGAGGCGGCAAAGGAAACACUAGUGUCAUGGAUUCGCACAACCAAAAAUGGAUGGAUGGGCAACACCUUCACGCUGCCGCACCAUCGUCGCAGAAGCCUGGCAAGCAGAGCCACCCUGGCCCUGGCCCGUCAGAUGCUGCAGGAGGGUUUCUUCGCUAUCGUUGCCAUUGAAGACAUCAAUACCGCUUCCGUAAAAUUCCACGAGAGUCUUGGUUUCAAGAGGCAGUGUGCGAUUGCUGUGGUUGUGCUGGUGCCCGCUGAGACCACAGGCCAAGAUUAUUUAGAAUAGGGUGACCGUGAUAUAAUUUAUCACCGAAGUCAAAUGUUGGCUGGUAACCAAUUUCUGCCCACUAGAUGCUUGUCAUUCUCCACAUCUCGGCAAGUAAAUCUCAUUUCACCACAAUGCACCCGGAUCUAAAUGACACAAUUUUUUAUGGGCUUUGAUGCGUUUGGAGUGAUUCUGACAUGAAUUUCCGUCGCAAAUAUAGAUGUUCUUAAAUAUCCAUUAUAACCUCCUAACAAAGGAAGAGUUUCCUCCUUUGUUAGGAGACAAUCUCCUACCUGCCGCUCUGCAGUGAGGACAUUUCAAUACUAAAUCUAACCUAACGAACGUGAGAAUUGGAGCCUCCAAAGUUCGCUAAUGGCCACAAUAAGCUCUCGUUGGGUUGGGUGAAACUUGGGAUUUCAGACGAAAAUGCAUUGAGUAAACUCUCAGAAUUUUUCAGGCAAUGAAAAGAUAAAAUUCUCUAGGACAUUAUUGUGAAGUAAAGUGCCACCCAGUAUACUACUUUGUGCAGUCCCUAAUUUACGCAGUAGAACUGACUUAAUAUUCAGAGUAGUUUUUAAGAUCUUGAAAUAUUGCAGCUUAGACGAAGCAAAAAAACUUUUCAUCAAAUAAUCUUAUAAUUUUCAGACCAAUUCGGCUUUUACUUAUAACGAAAUAAAAAAGUUCUCAUUCA